AUGUCGGAAAGCGUACAAGAAUGUUUGCAUUUGUAUUUGGAAGAUAAAAACGGUAAAUCUCGCAUAAUAAUUUAUCUUUCAGUGACACAUGUCGAAAGAGCAUUCACGUUAUUGAAUUUAGCGUCCAACUCAUGGAAACCUGGGAAGAACUUUGCCUAUACAAGCCAUGAUAUAUUACAUUUGGCUGUAGUUGCUGCUGAGGCAAAGCUAAGCGGUACCGCCAUUUCUGUCAUUAAUGUUUUUGAGAGUGUUUUUGGUGGUAAUAAUGAAUUUUCAGAUCUAGUGUCAUUACUUUUCGCCGAAAUAUUGUUUCAAAAAAGUGAAUUUUCCAUUAGCACGAUAGGUCUGGCUAUGGGUCACGUUGAAAAAUCGAUUUACUUUGCCACUGAGAGUGAUCACCAAAUUAUUGUCAAUAACUUACUGAUUCUUUUAUACAAGUUUGUACGAAUGAAAGCAACAUUAUUCAAGAGAGCAGAAAUACCUCUAUUUUUAAGGCCGAAGUUAAAGUUGCUGAUGGAUAUGCAUAUUAAAGAUUACUCUUUUAUAUUACGUUUUGGAAUACUUCUUAUCGAAACAUUCAUACAAGUCGGAUCCAGAAAGGAAGCGAGCCAGUUGUUAGAUACGUUAGCUGGUGGUGUUGCUCGUCACGUUCCUGAACAAAUGGUUGAACUUCUUGCAACUGCCAGUGGGGGCAACCUAACGAGCGCUGAACGCUAUAUAAACUGGGCGCUUGGAGUGUAUAGUGGUAAUCAAACAGAAUUAUCCAUAAACCAGCCUACCAAAAGUUCUGUGUCUCAAGCAAAAGAGCGGAAUAUACCGAUGAGUGGACCAUUGGCACAUAGUUUAAUCAGCUUUGGAAUAGUACCCUCAAGUCGUCUAGCAAGGCUACGAGCAAGCACAAAAAAUCCAAGUGAACAAAGUGAAGAAUUUUUGAAAAUUCUACGACUGCUUGAAAUUCAAGAUGAAAACAACGAAUUACUAACGGAUAAACAAUUAGAGAAUAAAAUAUCAAACAUCGGAGAUUCACCAAUCGAUGAUACUAAUUAUAGUAGUAACAAUACUGAAAUGAUCAAUAACUCUGAGGAGAUCAUAGAUGAUGUGCUUUCUCCUAAGUUUUUAACCACUGAAACUCGAUUCAAAUUACUAGUGAGCUUGACACAGUUGGCUCUUGAUCGUGAUCUACUGCAUAUUUGCUUAAAAUGCAUCAAGCAAUGCGAGAGUAUUAUCGAGAAAGAAAAGUUAUCGAACAAAGAAUCAGCUUCAAUGAUGUUCCAUUUUCUUUCACUUGAAAUAAACACUCAAAACCUUGCGGUGAAGGUAGCCAAAACUUCUAAUCAGUACUUAUCAGUUCAUUAUCAUGGGAUGCAGAAGUGUUAUAAUUUAUUAGAACAAUGUUUAUCCUCUCCUACCUAUCAACCAGAAACAAUUAUUCAAGGUUGUCUUACUUUGUGGCGUUUAUGUUCACCACUGAUACAGCAUAAUUCACAGACUAGGCUAAAGACAUUUAAAAGUUUACAACUGAUCAACCAUCAUUUAACUAAACAAGAUAGUUUAUAUUUUCGUCUGAGAUGUGAAGUGCAUAUGAUGAUAGCCUAUUGUCAAGCUGAUAUGGAACAAAUCACCGAGGCUUUAGACAGUAUUGACAAGGCUAUGAAAUUUGACGAAACGGGAGAGUUUUUAUCUAGUUUAAAUUACUACAAAAAAUGUUUAUUAUUACGUUCAAACUUAUAUGAAAUACCAAAUGAACCAAUUGAACAAGCACGUCAAAUCAUUGAACGUCUUCAAAAUACUAAUAAUUUAUCAUCAACUGAAAUAAUAAAACUUUUAAAAUAUACAAAUUAUUUUAGUAAUAAUAAUAAUAAUAAUAAUAAUAAUAAUGGUAAUGAGCUUGAUGAAUAUAAAAGGAACAACUUUAAUGAUUUGUUGCAUCAUUGUGAAAUGAUUAGUGAAAAUGCUGAAUGUGAAAUAAAUGAAAAAUUACUUGUAUGGUUCGAUUUGAUCAAAUUAGCUAAGAAAUAUCAAAUAUGGGAUUUGUGUUCAACAUUUUGCCGAUUAUGUUUAGUAUUCGAUGAUGAUACCUACUGGAGUAUACUACUAAAAAAACUAGAGCAGUAUAGAACUACUCGAGUUAAACCUGUUAUUGGUUCAACAACCAACUUAAAAUCAACAGAUGCAAAUUUAACUACUCAAACAGCAUCCAAAACAGAGAUUCAAAAUCCAUUAAACAAAUCAAAGUCAAACCCACGUACCAUAACUAAUUAUCCAGAUAUUGUUACCAGUUUCGAAUUGAAAUUAUAUAGUGCAUUAUCUCAGAUAUAUUGUAUAUUUGCGGAAUGUUUAUGCGUCUUGUUACGUCAACAAAUGUGUGGUAUUCAAUUAGGUGGUAACUUAAACAAUCUAAACUCAUCCUGGUUCGAUACUUCUUUAUUGAUAAAUAAUGAUAGUGAUAAUCAUAAUCAAGAUGUCAGGAAAUCUAAAGAACAACGUGAAUAUAACUUGCAAUGGAAAAAUUACUGCGAAUGGUUUAGUUUUGUCAAUGAAGCUGCAUUAUCAGCAUUUCAACGUAGCGCUGUUUUAUCUGCAAGAAUAGUCGAUUCAAAUAAUUUACAUUCAUGUGCUGUAUGUGUAUGGAAUUACUGCCUUCCAACAAUAUGUCAGAAUGAUCAUCGUCAACUAACUACAACAUUUUCAGUGAUUCUAGAGAACGCCAAUAAAAUUGGAUCUAGUUGUUUACCACAUGAAUUGUAUAUUCAAAUGGCAACUAUACUUGCUCAUGGGUUGAUUCAACCUUGGCUACCGAAAUCAUUAAAAUCAACAUUUUUAGCUGAUGAGAAAAAUAAACCUGUACAACUUAACAUACAACAAAAAAGUCAAAAAGUGAUUCGAGGAAAGUCAGGCAAACCAAGUUUUUAUAUUGCACCGCCAGAAGGACAUCCUCACAUUAAAAAAGCAAUAGACUGUAAUGGUUUAUUUACUUUUAAUCAUUAUGUCAUUUGUCAUUGUCCAAAUUUGUUACUAAUUCUCCAAUCUAGUAUUGCUCAUAAAAUUGGACGUUAUGAUUUACUGGUCAUGUUAGCUGCAUUAUACUGGUCAUUAUUGAAUCAUUCAAUUUUGGCACCAUCAAACCAAAUCACUCAUGUUUUACAAAAAAUAGAAUCGUUUGCAAAGAAGGUUGAAAAUAUAACCAAAUGGUUAGGUCAGUGUAUAAAAACUGAAGUCAGGAACGAGUUAGCAGCUCAAAUUCGAAAUAGUGAAAAUAAACAAGAUUUAACUACAGAGUUUUCUACUUUGAAAUUGGAAUCUAUUCUAAUGGAUUCCGUCAAGUGUACAAAAGAAGUUUCAAGUUUAUAUGAAACAGUAAUCAUUCCAUACCCUACAGUAAAUCAAUUUGAAAUGGAUUUGCAGUUAAGAGUUGAUAUGUAUAAAGCUUUAUACAAUGUUUAUUCAGAACAGGGCAAUUUUACAGAAGCAUUAAGUGUGCUGGCCAAAGCUACAACUAGCUUACCGCGUACCAAACACAGAAUGUCAUUGUUUCGUCAACUCGUAGUUACAAAAGCUAAAUUAGGUCAGUCAAUAGAAUUGGAUAUGCAAAAAUUCACAUCAGAACCGGAAUAUUUACAAGCACAAAUAUGGAUAGAAAUUGCUUAUGCUAGCUCAAAUAUCAACGUCCAAUUGAUGGCAUUCAAACAGUCGGUUAAUGCUAUAAAAAGUCCCGAUUAUUGGGUGUUAAAGUCUGAUCUCUUGUUACAGUUUGCUCAAUGGUUAUUUGCCCAUGGAUAUGAUAUGCCUACAUGUAUAAGUUUAGCUGAAGAAGCUGUGGAUAUAUUAAAUGAUUUAUAUAAAAAGAAUUAUGAUUUAGAUCAGUACAAAGAAACGAAGUAUAGUCAACUUAUAUUUCAUUCAGAGAAUGUUCAAUAUUUAGAUAUUUUAAUGAGAGCAUGUGUUUUAUUAGCGGAGUUUUGGGAUGCAAACAAUACAAAUAUUGAACAAGAGCAUGAUCUUCAUUCAAUGGAUUAUUUAAUUAUUGGUGUUAAUUGUGUUAAAACUAUUUUAAAUCUUGCUGUCUCAUCAGUUACUGAAAGCCCACGUUUGGACCAAAAAUCGCCGAAAAGUCCUCGAUCUACUUCAGUUAAAGUAAGAUCAAAAUCGAACGAAGCAACUGGUAGUGAAACUAAUCGUGGAAAACAAAGUUGUAACCCUAAUUAUAAGAAAAUAAUACCUGAUACAAUCAUUGAAUGGUCUACUUAUGAAUUAUCGGAUGAUAUUUUACAAGCUUGGCAGAGAAAUUAUACAGAAUAUCAAAGGAAAUCAACAAAUUUGAACGAAUUUGAUUUAGAAAAUGGAAAUUCCUCUGGACUCAUGGAUAUAUUUUCCGUGAAAAAACAAAUUAAUCCACUGACAAUUCGUUAUCCUCUUGUAACUAUGGCAUGUUUGGACCGUCUGUUGGAUUUGAUUACUGAAAUGGGUCCAGGUCAACUUGGCUAUCCGAUUUUAGUUUUUCAAGACGGUCUUGUUCGCAGUUGGGAGAGAUAUGAUAAAUCGUCUUCGUUUGCAAAUUGUACUUGUAUUAGAAAACUUAUUCACUUGAAGUCAGUGGAACUCUCCUGUUGCUUGGGUUUAUCAUCCGGAGUAACCAAUCAUCAAAAUAAAUUAAAUUCUUUAUUGCCCAGUGAACAAGAAAUAGCUGAUGCAUAUACACUAUUAAAAACAAAUCCAACUGACCCAUAUAUAAAAGAUUUAAUUAAAAGUUGGAUUCAUUUAGGCGACCGAUUAGCCCGUAUAGGUCAAUGUUCUCAUGCACGUAUAUUUUUGAGUAUAUCUGAACAAUUUAUCCUACAUCAUAACGAUCAAAUGAAAUAUUGGUUGCUUGCUAGAGCAAGAUUAGCUCUAGUUGAAGGUCAAUAUAAAUUAUCUCGAUCAUUAAUUUCGAAAAUAUUUGAAUUUAAUAUAGAAGAUGAAUCCUUUUGGUUUGAUUGUCUAUCAAUAAGGAUUGAUACUUUAUGUUAUGAUCCUAAUCUAACAAUACAUAAUUUCAAUUUAUCCGAAAUAAAUGAUAAACAAGAUUUCAUGAAUUGCACUUCAUGUCCUUUACAUUAUGGAAUACAAACAGCUAUAAAAGAAAUUGAUUUAGCAAUAAAUGAUUUACAGAAAAGAAAAGAAAAUUUUAAAUCUAGAAAUGGUUGGUUUGAUAAAUUACAAGGAAUACUUCUAUCAAAAAAAGCUCAAUUAAUUACUAGGAUUGAUGAAAUGAAUUAUCAUUAUUGUACAAUAUUCAAUUCAUCGGAUAAAUCGUUAACGUGUGAUUUACCAACACGUCCAAUAAAUUUACUGAUUAAUCCGAAUGGUGCCCCAAAGUUAUUUGAAGAAGUCAUUUGUCUUUUGACUUCAAAUAAACGAAAUGCUCUUAGAUUAGGCUGGAUGCCAUUACUAGCCUACUGGGUUAGAGGAUUCAAACAUGAAGUAAACUCACACAUCACAAAACUACGCACUAAAUCAUGUCAUCCAUCUACUCUCUGUAAUUCAUUCGAAACUACUUUAACUAUUGCACGUCAGUGUUUAAACUUUGCUUAUGAAACUGUCAAAUUGGCUGAAUCUUUUAGUACCCUAGACGAACUGAAAGGAUGCAGUUUACCAGUUCAUAGAGAUUUAAUUGAAAUCAAAUUUAUGCUGAUAACUGUUCUACUUGAUAUGAUGAAAUUACAUGUAAUCUAUAUGAGAACAAAACUUCAAGAGAAUACUUUAGAAAAUCCAUUAUAUUGUGCUGUCGAAAAUUAUAUCAGUGAAAAUUCUUCAAAUAAUUUAAUAGAAUUGUCGAAUAAAUGUGGUCAGUCUGAACAACAAAUAUGGGAUCGUUCUAUUGUAUAUGCAUUCGAUGAAGUAUGCUCUUUAUUAUCGGAUAUAUUUAACGUGAGUGAUAAACAACCUCAUCUACUUGCAAAGUGUUACUUUUACUUCGGUGAAUCAGUUUACUUAAAAGGUCAACUAAUAUUACCGGAUCUUCAAGAUAACUGGAGUCCGGAGAGCAAUGAUAAUGAAGUAGUUAACUUUCAACCAAUCAUCCAAAAUAGUACAUUUAUUCAAGAGAUGACAAAACAAAAUUUGGAAGAUAUUACCUUACAUUCAGGUUUUCGUUGGAGAACUCAUACUGAUGUGCUCAGUGACAUGAAAACUUACAAUUCAGUAAUGGAUCUAUUCUCACAAGCUUCAUCAUUAUUUAUUAUAUGCUUGAAAAUCUGUCUUGCUCAAAAUUUCAUGGGUCUAGCACGUCAAGUUACUGAAUCUCUACUGAAUUUACUUGGCGGAUGUCAUGAGAGUGUUUCUACAUUAACACAAGAUUUACUAAUUGGAUACCAAAGUUGUUCAACAGCUGUUCGAUUGCGAACUCAUUUCUGGCUAACAAUAUUAGCAUAUGAUGCACGUAAAUGUUCUGGAGGUAGUCAGUGCAAUUUGAAUGUAGAAAAUGAAUAUUCUGAUAGAUCUAUAUUAAAUGCUUCAGAAGCACUUGUUCGUCAGUUAAUGUGGUCUUCUCCAUCUUGUACAUAUGACGAUGACAGUUUAUUCACUACAUUUGGAUUUUGCUCAACCACAGAGCCUUCAUCUUAUCCUGAAGCAUUAGCUUGGAUAACAGGACUUAAAUCUAAUCUAAUUUCUAAUCGCCUACGUUCCGUCGGAGGUUUAUGUAGUGGAUCAGAAGAUCAUAGUAUAUCAGCUAGUCCAUGGAUACCAGUGAUUUUACGAACUUUAACGUCACAAUCACAAGCAUGGAGAGUAACUGAAGUGAAUUCUUCUAUAAUUUUUGAUUCUAGUAAAGUUCUUCAAUCAACUCUAAGUUCACUACCUGGAUCUAAUUUACAAAUAACUAAAAGCUGGAAUCUUCUUAUUAUGGAACAUUCAAUUAACUCACACUUUUUAUAUGUUGCUAUACCUAAACCUAUGAACAGGGCUGUGUCGAAUCGAGAUCAUCGGAGCAGUAUACCAGCCAACAAAAGUGCAAAUAAAGGCACUUUUCAGUACACUUUCCUUAGAAUAGAAACUGAUCCAAUCUCAAAAUGUCAGUUGAUUUACUCAUGGAAAAAAUGUUUAAAUCAUUUGGAUGAACAAUUAAAAAAAGCUGCAAAUAUUAAAAGUAAUAACAGUAAUUUAUUUAAACAAAUAACAAAUCAAAUUUUAAAAAUAAAAAGUGAUUUGUUUCAAAACUCAAUUGAAGAUAUUCAAUUAUUCAAUUAUUUAAAUCCAGUAUUUGAAAUAUUAUUAAAAUAUUGGUUACCAGAACCAGAUUCAAAUAAUAAUCAAAAUAAACUUAACGACAAAUUAAAUAAUAAUAAUAAUAAUAAUAAUCCAAGUGGGAUCGUUUGCCAGAUCAAUAAACUAAAUCAAUUAUCUUAUCAAUUAGAACAAUAUUUAAAUAAUCAAUCCGAUCUUUCAAAAGAUGGUUUAUUAAUUAUUUCCGAUUUUUGGUUAAAUGAAUUACCAUUAGAAUUUUACAUUAUGAAUAUAUUAUUUAAUAAUAUAAGUAGUAAUAAUUAUAUAAUAAUUAGAAGGCAUAGUUCAAUAAUACAAAAAAAUUCAACUCAUACAAUAGUAACACCAAACUCUAUGAAACAAAAUAACUCACCACUUUUAAAAAAAAGAAAUAACACAAUGAUACCAUUUAGUUGGUUGACAAGAGAAUUCAGUGUACAAUUACUUCAUGCACGUUUAACAGGCCAUCAGAACACACACAAAACCGAUGACUUAUCGGAUAACACACAUGAACAAAGUGUACAACAUAAAACUUCAAGGAAACCAGAAACUACCCGUGGAAUUAGUCUCCAUCCUCUAUUACGUGAUGUUGGAUCAAAACAACCACCAUUACAGUCCUGCAAACAGCAAAAUACAGGAUGUUUACUAAUCGACACAACAUAUAUACGUUACUUGAUUGAUCCAUUUAUGGACACUGAUAUUAUUACUUCUAUUAACUCCAGUAAUGUUUCAGAACAAGCCGAUAAUAAUAACCGAAAUGAUUUCUCUCGUGAUACAAAUUUACAAAAUGACACAGUAGUCAUUAAUUAUUCAUUUAAAAAUCAUUUCCAAUUAUUGCUGAAAGAACCAAUAACACGUAGUCAGCAAUUCACUUCACGUUGGAUUGGAUUAGUAGGUGAUAGUGAACUUGGUAAAGUACCAUCAGAAGAAGAAUUAUUAGUAUUUUUAAAUGAAGGAGUCAGUGGAUUAAUCAGUCAUAUUUCAGAAAAUUUCCUUUCUUAUUCGCCUCCAUCUACAUUUAUUAAUUUAUCAAUUCCUAAUUGCCAUUUAAUAUGUCUUCUGGAUAAAAUUUACACAAGAACUAGCCGCCUUAGACAGAUUAAACUUAAUGCUCACAAAACGAUAACGGAAUAUGAACUAGAACAACCACUGUCUACAGCUAUCAUUUCCACAUUAGUUGGGUCACGUUCUACAAUCCUGCUCCAAUGGUCUACGCGACUACAUUGGAAUCAGUUUAGAAUGGGAAAAUUGAUAAAACAUUUAUUAGAUCACCUUUAUCCAAUUGGACAAUCAACUUUAUUGAUACAAUAUGAACUUUUCAAAAUGGAAUUAGAUAAUUAUUUGGAUCGUUUAAAGCAAAUUAUUGAAGAUAAAAAUAAUCAGCUGUUGGAACGGAAAUCAAUCAAUGAAAUCGAUUAUCAAUUUGAUGAUCAAUAUAAACAUUUAGAAAUCCCAACAUUAGAACCAUUUAAUAUGGUUAUUUAUGGACUUCCAAAUAUUUCAUUCGCUUAG